UGUUAUGAUAUUUUGUGGGGAGAAAAGAACGAUCGCUUGAGAGGAGAUUGUUUUUAUUUUGGUUUGGUUUUCAUUCCAUUGAAUUGCAUAUCUGAAUUCAGAAUUUGAAAGAUUGAUCGAUGAUGGAAACAUUGGCCACAUCUUCUUCUGCAAUUAUACCUUCUUCCUCUUCUCCCUUUUCCAUUUUCCCUUCUACAAGAAUUUCCCUUUCUCCAAAGACCGUUCACUUUCGUAUACCCUCAAAGCGUGAUGAUGGUCGCGAUUCAGAUUCCAACGACAAGAUCGACAACAAGCUUCCGAUUCUCAGCGAUCGUCGCCUCUCCCUUUCACCUCUUUCCAAAGAUGCUGCCAUGGGGUUGGUGCUGAGUGCUGCAGCAGGUAGAGGAUGGACCACAGGUUCAGGGAUGGAAGGGCCAUCUGUUCCUGCAGUUGGUAGGGAUAACGAAUCCGGGACAGAGAACAUCUCCACUUUCCCGUGGUCUCUCUUCACGAAAUCCCCUAGGAGAAGGAUGCUGGUGGCUUUUACUUGUACCAUAUGCGGUCAGCGAACUACUCGGGCUAUUAAUCCCCAUGCUUACACCGAUGGCACUGUUUUUGUCCAGUGUUGUGGAUGCAAUGCGUAUCAUAAGCUUGUAGAUCACUUGAACUUAUUCCAGGAGACAAAUUGCUAUUUGAAUUCAAGUUUUAAUUAUAAAGGAGAAGGAUGGGAUGAUCUUAAGUUCAGGUAUAUGGAUGAAGAUAACGACAAUGAUGACAUAUUCCCCAUUUCAUGAGUGAAUUACCUGCUUACAGAGCAUAUAUUUUCUGCCUGAUCAUGGAACUUCAGUUUAGGUGUCUUGUAUAUUCUUUAGGUUUUCAUGCUUACAGUAAAAAUUGUCAGAGACUGGAAUUAUUUGUAUAGUAAUAUGUUUAUGUUUAUAGAUAGCCUCAAACUCAUUUGUAUGAUCAUCUGCCUAUC